AUGGCGGUAACUUCCUCCAAUAAACCCAAACGCCUCUCUCGAGCAAAACACAUUGUCAAAGCCGUUUGUUCGUCAGGUGUGAAGGGCGUGCUUCACUCACUCCCCAACCUUCUCCACAAACAACAACGGCGCCAGCAGCAGGAUAAAAGUGGCAAAGGAGGAGCGCCAAUACUGGGUUUAGAGAUACCAGUUGGGGAGGUGUAUUCGUUUGAUGAAGGGCCGUUGGUUCAGCAGAGGAAGAUUACCCCGUUACUUCCCUCACCAGCUGCGAGGUUUGCCUCAGAAAGCGGAGAUUUGAAUGGGAUUCAGAGCAAUGUGACUAUGCAGCACUUCACAGGUUCCGCACGCUACUCCCAUUCAGGUUGCCUUGCCCCAGCUCUUUCUGACAUACGGGAGGCCCCCGAAUCUCACGCUACACAUAUUACCUGGGCACAAAAUGCUCCUGUCUCGCACAGUGCUCAGCUCCAAAGACCUCCUAAUCCUCGCCUCCGCUCGUUUCUUGAUUCGGCUUAUAGUGGUAGCCUGAGUGUUCCGCGCUCACCUGAGAAUUACAGCAGUGUGGUCGACACUCCGACAACGCCGUUUCACCUCGAGAGUAUGAUGCACCGGCAGGAAGAAAAAGUGAACAAUGCGAGGUUUUUCGCGGAUCUAGAGCAUGCCUUUGAUCUGUGAGUGGGGAAGGAUGAGACGACGGGAAACAAGCAUGAGCGGGAUCAGGACAAGGCCGAUGGCAAUGGGGGAGACGGGACAUUGAUGGGACAGUCGAUGAAGGC